GCCUAGGGGCGUGCACGGAAACGUCCGGACGGCGCCAUCGCCGUGUCGCGUCACCGCGAUCGCACCCCCUCCAUACAAAAUCCCUCCGCUCACCCAUCGACAGCGCAACCACCACCACCGCCCCGCCCCGCCAUCGCCAUGCGCCCCCGCCGCCCAUGACGCCGCCCCCGUCGUCCCAGCCCCUCCUCCUGCUCACCCACCAGCUCCUCUCCGCCGUCUCCGUCCUCGUCCUCGACCUCCCCGGCCCCGACCCCGACCCCGCCCGCAAGCGCAGGCGGAGCGACAGCGACGGCGACGGCGACGGCGCUGAGGCCGGCCCCGCGACCCCCGUCGUCGUCGCCGUCCCGCCUCCUCCCCUGCCUCCGCCCCCGCCUUCGCCGCCGCUGCCGCUGCCGCCGACGAGCCCGGACCACUACCCGCUGGCCUUCCGCGUGUCCGCGCCCACCUUCCACUACCUCUCGGGCCUGCUCGACCCGCUCCUCUCCCACCCCUCGCUCCCGUGCCCGACCCUCCUCGCGCUCGCCCUCGCGCGCCUCGCCUCCGGCCUCCCCUACCCGGCGCUCGCCGCGCUCUUCCGCGUCCCGCCCUCCGCCCCGCGGGCCGCGUCACGACGCCUCCGCCGCGUCCUCCUCGCCAACUUCCGCUUCUGGCUCGCCUUCCCCUCCAAUUCGGCCUCCUCCUCCUCAUCCUCCCCGCUCCCCUCCUGCCGCGGCGCGCUCGCCUGCGCGCGCUUCGCCGGCCCGGGCGGGCCCCUUGCCGCGCAGCUCGUCGCCGGCGCCUCCUCCCGCAUCCUCUCCCUCGCCGCCGGCUUCCGCGGCGACCGCGCCGACCUCGAGGUGCUCAGGCUCUCGUCCCUGCACCAGGAGCUGGAGCAGGGGAAGCUGCUCGACCCCGCGCAGUACCUGGUUGCGGAUGGAAACGGGUACCCGCUCCUCCGCUGGCUCAUGGUGCCCUUCGAGGGGGCGGUGGCGCCGGGCUCCCCGGAGGCCCACUUCAACGCCGCGCACAGGGCAAUGUGCCGCCCGGCGAGGCGCGCCGUCCGGAGCCUGAUGGGGUGGGGCGCCAUCGCGCGGCUCCACGAGGAGGAGAGCCCUCGCGCCGCCGUGACGUGCAUUGGGACGUGCGCGAUGCUCCACAAUGUGCUGCUGGCGAGGGAGGAUUACUCUGCAUUGGCACCGGAGGAGGGGGAUGAACCAGAGAAUGAUUUGGGGGCAAUGCAGAGCCGGAGAGAUCAUGCCGCAGAGGAAGGGUUCAAGGUUGAUAAGCGGGCAGUAGCGCUGCGGAGCGCAUUGGCAGCAACGAUGAGUGAUUGGCGGACGCCGGUCUAGCACUGGUGAUUGUUUAACAGGUCCUGUCAUUGUUCAUUCUUUUGGAUCAUAUAUAGUUUGUAUAGUGGUGAGUAUUCUGUUUACAUUGGGUUCAUUAAUCUGUUGGCUGCUCAAUAAAUCAAGUAAUAAACUGGCUAGAUUAAUUGA